AUGCCCAAGAAGCGCACCUACAAUUUCCGCAAUCUUGAAGGCUCAUCAAGUGGCAAGGCCAACGCCAGCAAUGAUGGCGCGAAUAAGACAUCAACUGUUAAUGAGCGUCUCAGUGAGCUGAGGCGUCUCGAAGGCAAAGAUGCGGCAAAGAAGAAAGCAGAGCUAGCACAGCUCUCUCAAACCCAAAGGUCCGUUCUACCGCCAGAGCUGAGUGCUAUGCUUGGCCUUCCAGAAAGUGCUCCGCCCAAACCGAAGCGUGGAGUUCGAUCGCGAAUGCCUGACCGGACGCCUGGACCUCCGCCUCCUACGAGUUGGAGGAAGACUCCUGGAUGGUCUCGAGUGCUAGCUUUGCGGAAUGGCACUCGUCGAUUCAAAAAAGCGGCAGGCGCUGACCAAGAUCGUAGUAGACCUAAGCAGUUGCUGAGAUUUGCACGUAUUACGGGGGAAGAAACGGGCAGAAUCGAUCAAAGGCCACCUAGUCUGCUGCAUCUUGCUCUGAAGAGCGCCGCGGAAUCAUGGCAUCGAUUCGAUGCUGAGGAUCUACCGAUGCUUGCUGAAAUACCGCUUCCACUGCGUCUGAGACUUCUGAACUAUAUUGGAUUCUAUGGGCCGUCGAUUGAUAUCAAUGUCCUGGACGCUCUGACGAAAGAUCGAGAUCCUGUGCUCGCGCUGGAUCUUGCCGCUCUCAUCGGUCACGGCAGCCUGACCGUUAGCAGAUUUGUCAAGCUCGCGAAGCAACAAUCAUCUAGCAAGGAACUGGAAGCAACUGGUGAUGAUAUCGCUGAGUCGUGGGAUCAAGAGGAAUCUCUUGAAGCCGCCCUCUCAAGAACGACACUCACGACCCGGUUCUCUCGACUUGCACGCCUUAGUCUUUCGCACCCGGCGCCUGGAGUCAGCUGGAAAGAUCUGCUUUCCCUAUCGAAGCUCAUUCCUGCCCUCACACAUUUGUCUUUGGCAUAUUGGCCACGGCCUACUUUGACACCUAAUCUGGCCACGGCAACGGUGUCUAGUCAAAACAGUCCUGACAUCGCCGCAGGCGGCUCGCACUUCUACUCGGCAAUGGAUGAAGACCUGUACGAACCAGCAUCCAUCCUCCGCACGUUGAGCACCAAUCUACUUCGUCUGACUUGGCUUGACCUGGAAGGGUGGCUGGCUGCCAAGUGUAUCGACCAUGCACUGUCUGCCUAG